AUGGUCACUUGGGAUGGAUUCAAGAAAUGGAUUGUCGGCCGUGCCGUCGCGGAAAAGAGUGAGAAGAAGAUUCUUGAGCGCCAGUACAAAGAAGUCGAAGAAUCGCUCCGCCUGGUGAAAGAGAUUGUGAACGAAACUGUCUUACCAGUUCCAAACCGAUCGCCAGCAUCACUUCACAGUGCCUCUCUCCCAAGCCGACCAAACCGAAGGAAGUCCAACGACGACUCUCUCAUAUUGGCUACGAGACCUUCUUGCCAGCGAUCCAUGUCUUCUCCCAUGGUCACCUCAUUUCCCCAAGAGCUCUCGAGUGCUUGUCCAGCUGUCCCUGCAUGUGAGACUGAAAAUGCCCCGGUAAAGAGAAAUUACAGCUGCAAUGGAGAAUGGGAGUACAAAGAUUAUCCUGUCAUCAACCUACCGGAGAUGACGGGAUUUGGAAGGUAUCGACGUUCCGUGAAUGCGCCAAAGGAAUGGCAAAUGCAGCAUGCACAGCGCAGCCUACAUGAACUCAAGGACCAUGUCGUUGCUUACCUUGGAGACUGUCCCCCUGCAGGUAUGGACGCAGAGAUAUGGCGUGGCUUCAAGGCACAGCAUGCACGCACCAACAGUGUUGCAAGCACGACAAGUUCCACCUCCAUUGAUGAAAUCACUGGCACUAAAGUCAGCCGCGGAUUCUUCCCGUCAGCAGCUUCAAGUACCGACAGCUCGUUCAGAGAAUCGUCAAGCCAGUACAGACGAGACUCGAAUUUGUCCAAGGCUAGCGUGACAAGUCCAAGCACUGAUGGGGAGAGCUCAAUUGUCUCACCUCCAGCGGCCAUCCGCUUUUCUCCACCAAAGACAAUCCGCCCAUCUGGUCGCAGACAAUACUCGCGCCAUGCCAGCACUACGUCAAUCAGUCCCUUGGCUGUCAUCAGCGAAGUGCAGGAGAUCACAGCACCGCCUCGCCGGAAGAUUGAAAAGGCACUGAAGUUCGACAAUAAUGCCAACAAUGAGAGUGCGGUCGCAUCUGAUGAUGAGGAUGAAUUUGAGUGGGCUGACAUGCUCGAGCUUGGUGGUGGUACCAGCAAACUUACUGAUCGUCUACACCAGCAAUCCUCUUCCAAGGGUCAGGCCAAUGCGAAGAUUACAGCCAUUCGAAAGUGCAUCGUGACUUCAGAGAAGCCACCCAGGACUCGCACUGCCAGAAUUCGCAGAACAACAGUCCAUCACUCAAAGAUUAACAAAGCCGCAGAGCGCGCCGGCAAUACCCGUGUCACUUUUCCUAAGACAUCAUUAGACCAUGGCAAACCAACAAUCCAAGAGAAAUAUGACCAAGAACCCCUCACGUUCACCAAGAAAGAGAUUGGACACGCUAGGCUUCCAUGCGCCACAAGACCAGAACUUCCAUUGCCUCAACAAAUUCGCCAAGACCAGAGGUAUUCCUCACAACAUCCCGUAACUGGCAGACCAUCUGCAUGUCGGACGAACCAGUGGAUGGAGAAAGACAAUCAAAACGGCAGCACUGAAACAUUUCUCGAACCUAUCAAAGGCGACUCGAUGGCCUCAGCCACCUCUGCCGAGACUCUAUUUGCUGGACCUAAGAUGUCAAUGGUACAGACCUGA